AAAAAUAUUCUUGUUGACACAAGAAAAUAUACUGUGUGCAUCGGCAGUCGGCACCGCAUACAUUUGCAAAAAACAUAAACAAACAUUGCAAUUGAUGUGCUAUAUUGAUAUACCCUUUAGUGUGUGCAAUAAGAAAAUCUCUAGAACGAUCGGUGCAAGAAAUGUCAAAGAUCGCAGUCAAACUGGAUUGACAAAGAGAGAAAAAGAAGAAGAAACCGCUGUGAAAAAGUGAUUUUUACUGCGCAUUUGCCUAUAUUUCUAAUAAGAUUUUCUUAAAUCUUUUCAUUUAUGUUGGAAAAUGGCAUCGGAAGAAUAUCUAUGUUUUUGUGCUGGCUCUCUUUAUCAGAUGUUACCUUUGGGAAAGUCAGAUAAAGGUUGUUAUACGUUUAAGGCUAAAAAUAUCGGCGGUGGCAUGGAGGCUAUUCUGAGUGUUUGGAAAUUUGAUAUCGAUCAAAUUCGUAAAAAGUGCCCCAUGUCAUGCAAAAAAGUGGCCCGGCCUGAUGAAUGCGACGUGCAUUUACAUGAUGAAGAUGGCACCGCCCACUUAAUACUUGAAGAAUUUUCAAAGAGAGCAAACUGCAUCAUUGCAAAGGCAAAUCAUCGCAAUUUAGUGCGUUACCUUGCUUGUAAUUGUGGCAUUCGCUAUGACGAAUUUACAGUGUGCUUGUUGCAAGAAUACAUCGAUGGCGAAAGUAUUGAGAAAUUAUGCGAAAAAAAUAAGCUACCCAAUGUGGCUUCGAUUGCUAAGGAAGUAACUGAAGCACUGAAAUUCCUCCAUAGCAUGAAUCCAGAGGUAACACACGAUUAUUUGCAAACUGAGUCAAUCUUUUUGGAUAAAGCUGGUGCUAUUCGUGUGGCAGACUAUGACUUGAUUCCGUAUUUAAUGUAUUUGAAUGGUAAUCAUAACAUUCACGAAGUUGAUGAUUUUAAAGCCAUAGGGCUGAUCGUUGAAUCUCUGCGCGAUAACAUUUUAAGAUCGACGAAUGACUUUAUCGAUCAGUGCCGCUCGGGACGUGUACUUUCCCAUUCACAACUAUUGGAACAUCCUUUUUUGUCCAAUGAUUGGGUCAAAAAUAACCGAACGAUUUAUGGCAAUGGCCUUUUGGAACAUUUUGAGAUUGAAAAAUGGUUAGGAGGUGGAAGCUUCGGUAUGGUUCUACAAGCCAGGCAUAACACUGAUAAGCGUUCAUACGCGAUUAAAUUCAUUAAAGUGCCACACAACGACAAAAAAGAGCUGGAGCAAAUGGAGCGAGAGGCCGAAAUCAUUUCUCGCAUUAAUCAUCGCAACAUUGUGCGCUAUAUUACCAGCUGGAAGCAACAAGUGAAUUGGACAAUGAUGGAUGAAUAUUUCGAUGAUGAUGAGGAGCUGAUGGAAACAUGGGAGUCUUCGACUUCAGCCUCCAAGGGAAGUAACAGCUCUUUCCAGGGCCCAAAGAUUCGCGAAACGAUGGUCAUCCAAAUGGAAUUAUGUGCCAUGAAUCUCAGACACUUGAUCGACCGAAAUGUCUACAAAAAUACGAGACGCGUCUGGAAAAUUUUCUCACAAAUAUGCCUGGGUUUGCACCAUUUGCAUAAAAAUGGAAUCAUCCACCGGGACUUAAAGCCCGAGAACAUUUUGUUGGAUUCGAAGUUACAAGUAAAAAUUACUGACUUUGGUUCGGCCACAACCACAGCCUUGGCUCUACAACAGCAACCAGGUGCCUAUUGGGUUAAUAGCAGCGCUGAAACGCGCAGCUCACAAACUGGUGCUGUUGGAACUACAUUUUACCCAGCACCAGAACUGUCGAAUAGUGCAUGGAAAUCGGUAUAUGGACCCAAGGCCGAUAUUUAUUCGUUUGGAAUAAUCUUCUUUGAAAUGUGCAAUCCGAAAUUUGGCACACAAAUGGAACGAAGCGAAGUGUUGAAGAAAAUGCGCGAAAAAACUCCAAUCUUCCCUGAUUUCUUUUUGGACAGGAAACUCAUGAAGCAGUCUCAAGCAAUUUCUCAAAUGCUAAACCAUGUUCCGAUGAAGCGUCCUACUGCAAUAAGACUUUUGCAAAACUUUCGUAAUGCAAGGUCUAACAGGAAAUAAGCGAUUUUGAAAUGAAAAUGAUGGUUUGAAAAUCAUUUCAACAUACACAGAGAAAACUGAGUUGAUUUUUACGUAGCAAAAUGUUUGAAAGUGUCAAAUUCCAACACAUGUUGAGUUUUUCGCAACAAAUGUUUUUUCCAUAUUGACUCAAGUUUUUGUCAAAUUAGACACCAGCUCCCUUUCAUCGUGUCUAAUUUUCAAAUUAGGCGCCAAUUUUCAUUAAACACGAUGUAAGGAUGCUGGUGUCUAAUUUGACAAAUACUUGAGUCAAUAUGGAAAAAAACAUUUGUUGCGAAAAACUCAAUAUUUGUUGGAAUUGACACUUUCAAACAUUUUGCUACGUAAAAAUCAACUCAGUUUUCUCUGUGUACUUGAAGUGAUUUUAGCGACGAUGAACCUGGUGCAAAUGAUAUGGUGGCGUUUAUUACAAGGACGUUUAAUAAUUCAAAAUGUGACAUGAUUGCACAUUUCACAGUGAGAACAUUUGAUCGAAUUGCAUUAAAAUGGAAUCUUUUGACGGUAGAAAAAACAUAUCCAUUAGAAAAUUUUAGGAGUUUUCAAACGGUUUUGUUUACCAAAAAAAUAUUGAAUAAGAUAGAACUUGUAAGGAUACUCUCAAAGAAAAUGUGAUAUUUUCUAUAAUUUUAUUGGCAAAAGCAGACAUUUUGAUACAAUUCGAACGAAAAUGUGCUCACUGAAUUUAUAGUGGUUUUACUGAAGCUUGAGUGCUUCUAUCGUAACUAUCAUGAUAGUUAUCAAUUUAUCAUGUUUAUGAUGUUUAUGAAGGUUUUUACAAGAUGAUAUUGUUCUUUUGCUGGGCUCAAGUAUUGGGUGACGAUUGAUUUAAAAUCGUAUCAAUGUUUGAGUGCCACUUCAGAACAAUGGUACCUUGUAUAAAUGAAGCCGAAAUUCGAAAAAAAAAUCGGCUUUAACCAACGAAUUUUAUAUUUUUUUUAUCAAUGAAUAUAAUUUGUUUAUCAAUUAUUAUGCCGGGCAAAUCACAACUGUAAAAAAAUAAUUUCAGUGACUGUGUCAGUUAAUUUUGGAAAUGUUGAAAUUUCAAGAGCAUCUAAAAAUUACUUAAAAAAUUUGUGAUUUAAUCAUUUUUCCGGUACUUUCAAGCCGUCGUACUGUUGAUAAUUUUGUUCUCCAAAAGCAAAAGAAAACAUAUUAACGACCGAAUAAUCACUGAAACGUAUUUUUAAAUGGUGAUUUGCCUUAUGAUAUCAAUGUACUUACCCAAGUGGUUCAACUGUGGAGAUGCGCUCACUUAUACGGGAAAGUGCGGAGUUAUGCAGAGAUACACAAGAACAGUAUACAACACAAACUUAAGCCUGCGUUCAGGUUCUUAUACACUGUUUUAGUAUAUCUCCGCACAACUCCGCGCUCCUCCGUAUAAGUGAGGGCAUCUCCACAGUGUAACCACUUGGGUACCAACGAACAAGUGGUCUUUAAUAGCACUGCCGCUAGCAGAGACUUAUUACGACAACUUCGAUAUAUACAUAUCUAUGUUAUUUGUAUAUUGUUUGUUGUCAAUGUUUAUGAUGGUAUUUUUUUCUAUAUUUUUAACAUCUAUAUAUAGUUGGUUUAGCUUCAUUCUAUGUGGAAUGAACACCAACCGUAAAAUAAGUACGCGCAAUGUACUGAAUAUUUUACACUUUAUAGCAUUUUAAUGUAUCUACAGAAGGGUAAUUCUAACAUCGAAACUGGAAAUUUUCGAGCAUUUAUAUGUCAGUCUAGAAAAACCAGGUAACGAAAAGAUAAUAUCCUAAAUAAAACAUUUUACCUAUAUUCAAUGUUAUUCUAUCAACAAAAA